AUGGACGACGAGAACAGAAUCAACGAGUCCGGCUUCGGAGACGGGAUGGGCGAGAUCGUGGUCGGGGGCAUCUCGCUGACGGAACGUGAGUAGCGCAUCGUGCUUAACCGUAGCCUGUUUAGAAUUCUUCUCAUCGCUGAGUUUGUUUUUCUCCUGUGUUAUGGUCUGCAUGUGCUUAGCGGGUGCUGUUAUGAAUACCGUCAGUUUGUUUAUUUUCACGAGGCCGUCGUUCCGAAAACGGUCGAUUAACGUGCUACUGAGCGGGCUGAGUGCAUCCGACCUGGUGCUAUGCAUUCUGGCAAUUCCUGUGUUUUGUUUCUCUCAACUGCAGCAGAUUAUUCCGGGUAAGGCCUACUACAACAUAACAGUAAACAUAUUUCGAAAUUUUUAUUUUUGUUUUAUCUACAUCAACAUAAGAGUGCUAAACUGGGUUUUUGAAUAAUUUACAGUUAUUUUAUAGUACUUAAAGUUAAAAAAUUAAAAAGAUGUACUUUUAAAAAAUUUCAAAAACUGUCGUUUUAAGGUAUCUCUUUUACUAUGUUGGCACAGAUCUUGGUAUAUGCAUAUCCAGUAACGAUUAUGGCUCAGACAAUGUCAGUUUGGAUGUUAGUUAGUAUCACGGUUGACAGGUAUCUGGCUGUGUGUCAUCCCUUCCUUGUACGAAUAUAUUGCACAACGUAAGUUCAUACUUUGGCCAAAAAGUACAUAGAAACUUUCAAAACCUGCAUAAUUAAAGUUGUUCUACAUACUUUUUGACCAUAAAGUUAAUUAAAAAAUUAUUUGACGACACUGGUUAAUAUAUUGUUUAAGGACACGAGCACUGAUCACAACAGCAGUCAUAUUCAUCUUCUCGGUCGGCUACAACUUUGUCCGCUUCUGGGAGUACACGAUAAGCGACGACCCCAACACUCCAGAAGACAUGCUCAUCGUGGGGCUACUGAGGGAGAAUCAGAUAUACAUGGUGCUGUACCAAAACAUCGCCAUGUUGUUAACCCAGUUCGUACUCCCGCUCAUGGUGCUAUGUAUUUUAAAUCUACAGGUGAGGCAUUUGUCACAACAGACAUCAAUAAGAAAUGACACCCUUGUAGAUAUUGUCACUUUUGGGCUAACUGAUGUCUUACAAUGUAAAAGAUGGUACGAUGGUUAUUUUUCUUGAAGAAUAUGACAUUCUGUUAUUUAUUUUGUAGACAAAAGAGUAUUAUACUUGAAGGACAUAAUGCCGUCUUGUAGGAAGUAUUAGGAGUGACAUUGUUUUUGCUUUCCAAAGAUUACUUUCUGCAUCAUAAUACCAUAUUAUACUAGUUUUGUUGUUUUUAUGCAAAACAAGGGUAAUAUGUCAUGUACUGCAAGAUGACUUCAAGAAAGCUAUAGUCACUUUUAUAAAUUAGGUAUAAAUGCCUUUUAAACAAGACAAAGUAAACCAUGUUAAAGUAUCUUUUAAAUAUAUAAACCAUGUUCAGGUAGCCAAGACCAUUUUGGAAGCUGGCGAGACUCGUCGAGAGCUGGUGGCGUCGGAGAAGCGUGAGCACAGCACGGCCAAGAUGAUGUUGUUCGUGGUUAUUGGUGAGUGACGUACUCCCUAUUGUUACUCCGACAAUAGAUUAGAGUUCUCUAGCUAAAUUUAACUUGAGGGCGUAGAAUUCUGCAUAUUAACCAUGAGGCAUUAAUUGAAACCUUGGCUAUUUUUAGUUGCAUUCUGCUAUCUCUGUCAUUGUUGUGAUUAACUAUGGCAUGAUGUUGCUAAGUUUAGCUGUAAAGCUAAUUUUAGUUUCAUUAGGUUAUUGUUAGCAACAGUUUUACUAACUUUAACAAUUUCAAAUAAGCCUAACUUAAUAUAGCUCUAUAAGAGUCAGUUUGUCCGUUAAAUUCAAGAGAAUCGUUUCCAAUUACUGAGUUAAUUAAUACCAUGUAGACACACGGCAAUGACGCCAAUGUACUUUUAGUGUUCAUCUUCUGCUACAUGCUCAGCUUCUGCCUCAACGUGCUCGAGAUCUUCAACCCCGACCUCUUCAAGAACCCGAUCGGCUUCUUACUGAACGAUGUCAACAACAUCCUGGUGGUCAUCAACUCCUCAUCCUCAUUCAUCUUCUACGUCAAGUACUCUAGCAGAUACCGUGCCCAGCUACGCACGAUGCCCAUCGUCGCCUUCUUUGUAGCCAGAUGUUGCUUCGAGAGUAGGAACACUAACUUCUCAGACAAGUCGGCAGAGAGAUCAGAGAAUUACAUGACAUUGACUGGGUAUUCGAGUAGACAGACAGUCUACACCUCCAACUCUCCCCAAGACACCAGCCAAGUCGAGGGCACGUUGAAGCCGCCAGUCAGGAAAUUUUAA